AUGCUGACCCGCCUGUUCAGCGAACCCAGUCUCCUCUCGGACGUGCCCAAGUUCGCCAGCUGGGGCGACGGCGACGACGACGAGCCGAGGAGCGACAAGGGCGACGCGCCGCCGCCCCCGCCGCCGCCGGGGCCGGGGGCUCCGGGGCCCGCGCGAGCAGCCAAGCCGGUCCCUCUCCGAGCAGAAGAGGUGCCGGAAGCCGCGCUGGCCGAGGUCAAAGAGGAAGGCGAGCUGGGGGGCGAGGAGGAGGAGGAAGAGGAGGAGGAGGAAGGGCUGGAGGAGGCCGAGGGCGAGCGGCCCAAGAAGCGCGGGCCCAAGAAGCGCAAGAUGACCAAGGCGCGCCUGGAGCGCUCCAAGCUGCGGCGGCAGAAGGCGAACGCGCGGGAGCGGAACCGCAUGCACGACCUGAACGCGGCGCUGGACAACCUGCGGAAGGUGGUGCCCUGCUACUCCAAGACGCAGAAGCUGUCCAAGAUCGAGACGCUGCGCCUCGCCAAGAACUACAUCUGGGCGCUCUCGGAGAUCCUGCGCUCGGGCAAGCGCCCCGACCUGGUGUCCUACGUGCAGACGCUGUGCAAGGGCCUGUCGCAGCCCACCACCAACCUGGUGGCCGGCUGCCUGCAGCUCAACUCGCGCAACUUCCUCACGGAGCAGGGCGCGGACGGCGCGGGCCGCUUCCACGGCUCCGGGGGCCCGUUCGCCAUGCACCCGUACCCGUACCCCUGCUCGCGCUUGGCGGGCGCCCAGUGCCAGGCGGCGGGCGGCCUGGGCGGCGGCGCGGCGCACGCCCUGCGGACCCACGGCUACUGCGCCGCCUACGAGACGCUGUACGCGGCGGCCGGCGGCGGCGGGGCGAGCCCGGACUACAACAGCUCCGAGUACGAGGGCCCGCUCAGCCCCCCGCUCUGCCUCAACGGCAACUUCUCGCUCAAGCAGGACUCGUCGCCCGACCACGAGAAGAGCUACCAUUACUCUAUGCACUACUCCGCCCUGCCCGGCUCGCGGCCCGCGGGCCACGGACUGGUCUUCGGCUCGUCCGCGGUGCGCGGGGGCGUCCACUCCGAGAAUCUCUUGUCUUACGAUAUGCACCUUCACCACGACCGGGGCCCCAUGUACGAGGAGCUCAACGCGUUUUUCCAUAACUGA